GAGCGACCAUAUGAGUGUGCCUGGGAGCAUUGCAGAAAGUCGUUUUCUCGGCGAUCUGAUUUGGCAAGACAUCGGCGCAUCCACACUGGCGAAAGGCCGUACCAAUGUGAUUGGGCUGGCUGCGGGAAGCAAUUCAUUCAACGUUCAGCCCUGACCGUUCAUUAUCGCACCCACACCGGAGAAAGGCCCCAUGUUUGCGAAUACGAAUCCUGUCAGAAAUCCUUCAGUGAUUCCUCUUCGCUUGCUCGUCACCGCAGGACACACACA